CCCAUUCUUAGGCUCCUCUACCAAACCCCCGUGGCCUGCGGAGGAGAGGAGACGGACGGGGCUCAGAGCCAAUGAGGAACUCGCUCUCUCGCCCGCCGUCCAAUGGGACACGGCUGACUGAGGGGCGGGGCGGGACUAGGAAGGCGGGAGGGGGCGGCCUGGGGCAGGCGCGCGGCGCGGCUUCGCGGCUUCUCGGCUUCUCACAGAGCGGGAGCGCCUCGCGGGGAGCCGGCGCCAGGGCUACCCGGGAAGGCGCCACCACCGCCGCCACCGCCACUGGCCAAGGUGCUGGACGCCACAGGCCCGUAGGGCCCCUCACCAGCUCAGACACCGGCUGCAGCCGCCGCUGCCGCGCUCUCAGCCUGGUCCCCAUGGAAGAAAUGGAAGAAGAGUUAAAAUGCCCGGUGUGCGGCUCCUUCUACCGGGAGCCCAUCAUCCUGCCCUGCUCUCACAAUUUAUGUCAGGCCUGCGCCCGCAAUAUCCUGGUGCAAACCCCGGAGUCCGAGUCCCCCCAGAGCCGCCGGGCCUCUGGCUCCGGCGUCUCCGACUAUGACUACCUGGACCUGGACAAGAUGAGCCUGUACAGCGAGGCGGACAGCGGCUAUGGCUCCUAUGGGGGUUUCGCCAGCGCUCCCACCACCCCGUGCCAGAAGUCCCCAAACGGCGUCCGCGUGUUUCCUCCAGCUAUGCCGCCACCGGCCACCCACCUGUCCCCGGCUCUGGCUCCGGUGCCCCGCAACUCUUGCAUCACCUGCCCCCAGUGCCACCGCAGCCUAAUCCUGGAUGACCGGGGGCUCCGCGGCUUUCCCAAGAACCGCGUCCUGGAAGGGGUCAUCGACCGCUACCAGCAGAGCAAAGCCGCGGCUCUCAAGUGCCAGCUCUGCGAGAAGGCGCCCAAGGAGGCCACUGUCAUGUGUGAACAGUGCGAUGUCUUCUACUGCGACCCCUGCCGCCUGCGAUGUCACCCGCCCCGGGGUCCCCUAGCCAAGCACCGCCUGGUGCCCCCGGCCCAGGGCCGCGUGAGCCGACGGCUGAGCCCGCGCAAGGUGUCCACUUGCACAGACCACGAGCUGGAGAACCACAGCAUGUACUGCGUGCAGUGCAAGAUGCCCGUGUGCUACCAGUGCCUGGAGGAGGGCAAGCACUCCAGCCACGAAGUCAAGGCCCUAGGGGCUAUGUGGAAACUGCACAAGAACCAGCUCUCCCAGGCACUGAAUGGACUGUCAGACAGGGCCAAAGAAGCCAAGGAGUUCCUGGUGCAGCUCCGCAACAUGGUACAGCAGAUCCAGGAAAACAGUGUGGAGUUUGAGGCCUGUCUGGUGGCCCAGUGUGAUGCCCUUAUUGAUGCCCUCAACAGAAGGAAAGCUCAGCUGCUGGCCCGGGUCAACAAGGAACAUGAACACAAGCUGAAGGUGGUUCGAGAUCAGAUCUCUCACUGCACUGUGAAACUGCGCCAGACCACAGGCCUCAUGGAGUACUGUCUGGAGGUGAUUAAGGAAAAUGAUCCUAGUGGCUUUUUGCAGAUCUCUGACGCCCUCAUAAGGAGAGUGCACCUGACUGAGGACCAGUGGGGGAAAGGCACCCUUACUCCCAGGAUGACCACCGACUUCGACCUGAGUCUGGACAACAGUCCUCUGCUACAGUCCAUUCACCAGCUCGACUUCGUGCAGGUGAAAGUCCCAGCAACCCCCAUCCUACAGCUGGAGGAGUGUUGCACCCACAACAACAGCGCCACGCUGUCCUGGAAACAGCCGCCUCUGUCCACGGUGCCUGCUGAAGGAUACAUCCUGGAACUGGACGAUGGCAGCGGUGGUCAGUUCCGGGAAGUGUAUGUGGGAAAGGAGACAAUGUGCACCGUGGAUGGGCUUCACUUCAACAGCACAUACAAUGCUCGGGUCAAGGCCUUCAACAAAACAGGAGUGAGCCCCUACAGCAAGACCCUGGUCCUGCAGACGUCCGAGGACCCAGAUUCAGAAGAGCAGACUCUCCCUUUUCCAGUGCCUUCGGAAAGAUUGCCGCUCCGUAGAAUGAGUCCUUUCUCCUCCACCCUUAAUCUACAAGCCAGCUUCCCGGGGAGAUCCUACUUUGGUCUCAGAUCCUCACUCCACCAGCCGAGCUUGCAUUCUUCCUUACAGUCUCUCAAUGCACCCGGAUGCAAUUUUGAGACACAGUCCGCACCUUACUCUCAAUUAGUUGACAUUAAAAAGCUGUUGGCAGUGGCCUGGUUUGCUUUUGACCCUGGCUCGGCACACUCAGACAUCAUCUUCUCCAAUGACAACCUGACAGUGACCUGCAGCAGCUAUGAUGACCGGGUGGUGCUGGGGAAGACUGGCUUCUCCAAGGGCGUGCACUACUGGGAGCUGACUGUAGACCGUUAUGACAACCACCCUGAUCCUGCCUUUGGCGUGGCUCGCAUUGACGUGAUGAAGGAUGUGAUGUUAGGCAAGGACGACAAAGCUUGGGCAAUGUAUGUGGACAAUAACCGGAGCUGGUUCAUGCACAACAACUCGCACACCAACAGAACUGAGGGAGGGAUCACAAAAGGGGCCACCGUUGGGGUCCUUCUUGACUUAAACAGAAAAACGCUGACCUUCUUUAUCAACGAUGAACAACAAGGUCCCAUUGCUUUUGAUAAUGUGGAGGGCCUCUUCUUCCCUGCUGUCAGCCUCAACAGGAACGUGCAGGUCACGCUGCACACCGGGCUCCCCGUCCCUGACUUCUACUCCAGCAGAGCAUCAAUAGCCUAA